AGGGCGGGAUGUGGAAGAUGGUGUGUGGGGCGCCCCACUGGGACGCUUCAACCAAGAAGAUGUGGAGUCCGGGGCCGCCCGUCCCGCGCGAACCCGUGAAGCUGCCUUUCCUCGAGGUCACGCCCACCACAGUCCUGCAGAGGAUCCGGGACCGCAGCGCCGACGCCCACAGUGACGAGGAUGACCGCAGCUUGGCACUUUGGACCACUGACCCCCUUGACCUGAGCCGCACAGCGCCAAAUGACCUAGGUGGCUAUAGGGGGGUGUACCUCGGCAAGCUACGCCAGGGAUCAUCCUACAGCAGAGGAAUCAGCGUUGAAAAAGGCUACACUCUCCUGCCCAACAAGUAUGCCACCGACGGCCUGGGGAGCGCCAGACGGGACAGGCCGGGGAGUCGGUCGCCUGGCCUCGUGUCGCCGACGCUGCCGAGGAGAAUCAACGCUCUGGCGCCGCUGGAACCAGGCGACGGACUGAUGAUGUCAAGAGCUGGUUCAACGCGCAGUGUCAUCCCGCCGCUCUCAGCCGUGUCAAGACGCUCCAUAAGACAGCAGAGCAGGGAUGAAGACGUUGCUUCUGACCCCGAGGAAGACGAGGAUGAGGACGACGAGAGGUCAGAGUACGACUCCGAGGACGACGACGAAGAGAUCGAGGAAGAGGAAGUGGAGGAAGUCUUGGCGGAGGAAGGGCGGGUGUCGAGGCCCAAGAGCUCGGCCACGACGCGCGACAGCGGCAUUUCGCUCUUCUCGGUCUCGAACGACGGGGAACUGCUCACAGAAAAUGGGAGCGUGCGGGACGAAACGAGGCAACAGGAAGUGACGUCACGCGCUUCGAGCAGACUAGUGCAACCAACGGGCGGUUCCCCCGCCUCCUCAAUCCCCUCCGCCAAUGGACGGAACUCCUACGAACCGGCUCCCACGCGGAUCCGAAAAGCUGGCGACGUGAAAUCCCCUUCGGCCCACUCGCUCCCCAACGACACUUUCCGCUCCAAUGGCUUCGGCGUCGUCGGCAAAGGUUACAACGGUUCCCGAAACAAUACAGGUUACAACAGCCGCUCUCGCAACAACACAGGCGAGAGAGACUUCAGGAGUUUUGACUACGAGAGCGACUUCGAAACAGACGAAGAUGACCCCCACAACAUCACGCUCUCGAACGCCACGCUCACCAAGAUGAAACUCCUGAAGAAGAAGCGGGAGAACCAGCGGGAGAUCGACCGACGCCGCGCUGAGAGGGACACGAAGAGGACGCAGGAGGAGAGGACGAGGAAAUACAGGGAGCUCGAGUUGCAGCACAGUGGGAAUUCUCUGCAGCCGUCGAGGGCUAGCAGUGGCGAUGCGGAACUGGCCGUCCGCCCCAACCUCAGCUACAAGGGGAAGAGAAGCCCCCGCCCCAGCCCCCGCCCCAGCCCCCGCCCCAGCCCCCGGCCCAGCCCCCGCCCCAGUCCCCGCCCCAGCCCCCGCCACAGCCCCGGCCACAGCUCCGAGCCGAGUCCUCGCCACACCUCCCGGAUGCCCAAGUCCAAGAGCCACACCAGCAACCUCAACCGGACGCAGGGCAGGGAGACGCUGGCCGAGAAGCGCCACCGCUCCCUCGAGAGAGUCGCGCCGCAGAGCAACGGGGUCGCCAGCAAUGCCUACAGGACGCCCCAACUCGUCCGCCGCGGCCAGCCGCCUGUGAACUCCGGGAGCAGCCUCAGCAGUAGUCUCGGCACCACACGCCGCACCCCGCGUCGGCCGCCGGUUCGAUCCGUCGAUGAUAUGUCUUCUACCAUGUCUUCUGUGGGCCUCCGGACAGCCAAGCCAGCUUCGUCUUGCUUCAAAGCUCACUUAGAACCCUUCGCAAACCCGCAAGAAGCUCUAAAGCGAGCUCAACAGCUGAUCAAUGCCGGAGACUGGGAGAGUCAGGUUGAAGGAAUCCAAGACAUCGUACGGCUGACAGAGCAUCAUCCCGAAGUGCUUCAGAACGACUUGCAUCAGAUCAACAUGAGUCUCUUGAAGCAAGCCAAAAACUUGCGAUCUCAAGUCUCCCGCGCAAGCAUUCAGGCCUUCACUCUUCUCUUCGAUGUUAUGAAGAGAAAUAUGGAGCCGGACGUGGAGAAGAUCACCAGUCUGCUGUUGCACAGAACGUCUGACACCAACAAGUUCCUUCAGCUGGACAGCAACCACGGCCUUGAUGCGCUCGUAGAAAACGUGAGCCCUAACAAAGCCAUCCCGGCGAUUGUGCAGGAGGGACUAAAUCACAAGAACCCGGCCGUCAGAACCACCGUGGCUCGCCUCCUGACGUACGAGGUGGAGCGACUCGGGGCCAGCAAGGUUCUCUCGGGGCAGAAGGACAUCACGGACCGCCUGUUGCCCGCUGCUGCUAAGCUCGCGCAGGAAGGGAGCUUAGAAACGAGGAAAUAUGCAAAACACAUCUUCCAGCAGUUGUCGCAGCAAGGGAGCUUUGACGCAGCACUGAAGAAAUACGUGUCCCAUAAUGACUUAAGAAACAUACAAAAGUUCCUCGAUAAUUUAUCCAGCGAGGGUCGAACCAUACGGGAGUCGGCUCGUUCCAAGUUCUCCGUGGGAUCACGCUACACACGGACCAUGUAGUAGCGGUACUGUCCGUAGACCUACCUUCGGCAUUUUCACAAAUUAUCAUCGUGGUUUAAUUCUCAUACGAAGGGAAUCAGUUCCUCAUGAAACAUUCACAUUCCAUAGCUCAUUGAUAUUUGUAUUGUACAUUGGAAUAUUGCGGAGGGUCGAUUCGAAAAUGUUUUUGACGGUGGAUAUUUUUUUUUCAAAGAAAAAAGAUAUUGAAUUUGGUCAUGUGAUCUGUGGUUUCGAAGACGAUUUUUGUGGUGGUCGAAGCCUUUUUUCUCUCAAUGAAAACGUGUUUUGAGAGACCACGUGACGCGUGGUUUCAAAAACGAUUUUUGUGGUGUUUAAAGCAGCUCAGAUUUUUUUUUUUCUGAAAAAGAGAAACCAGCAAACAAACAUGUAUGAUUUGGAUAGGUCACGUGAACCAGAGUGUAGAAAAAGCCUUGAAACAAGACAUAUAACUCUUCUUGCUGAAUUCACUUGACUUUUAUCCCAAGCCGGCGUUUAAGCCAACCGAAGUUGCACAAGAAAGGUGAACAAAAUACGUCCAUUUUAGUGCCUCGACUUCAGAGACUUCACGCGGUAUUUCAGUUGUGAUGAAGACUUUGUUCACGACUAAGUUUACUAUUUUCAGUUUGAAUGUUAAAAAUAUAUAUUUAUCGUUUAGAUCAGUGGAUAUGUAUUGAAUUGUGACGAGCAAAUAAAUUGUUAUUGACGUUUCUGUUAAGCUAGAAUUGAGUAUAUACUUUGUAUAUAUGUAUUCACAUAUCAGAGUUAUUUGAAAUAGGAAAUUAAUGGUGGAUUACGUGAGAAUUAUACCCCUUCUGUAUUCUAAAGUUAUUUUGAUAUAUAUAUAUAUUUAUUUUCAUGAUAGGUAAACGCACUUGUAUAUGUGAUCUUUCUAUUUAUUUUCUUAGUAUGCAGGGUUUGUCAUUAAAUAUUCAAAUAAUAUACGGUUAGUUGACGUUAAUAAGAUAUAUAAAAUAUUUAUUUUAAACAAAGCAUUCUUCGUGUUAAAAGAUCUUAUUGAAAUAUAUAUUUACCAGCCUGUGAUAAGUGCCGUCCAAAGUAUGUUUUUUUUUUUCUUUCUAUUUUCAAUUGGUUCAUCUUUUUUGGUUUUGUUUCGUUGCCUUUUACAUAAAGUUAUUGAUUUCAAGUUUCUGAAUAGAUCUCUUGUGAAACUUCCCACUGCUUUUUAUUUAUUGUGAUUAUUUUUCUAUUCUAAAACUGAAUUAUGAUCAUCUACUAUAUGUACUCAGGUAAAAACACACCCGUAUUUUUAAUGUUUAUUUUUUAAUUUUGUAUAAUGUGAUGUAAUUUCAUGCGAUCAUACUUUCUAUAUGGCCACAGCAUAAAAAAAAUUGUCUGCGAUAUGAAGAAAUGUGAGGUUAUCAAUAAAUUAUAUACAUAUAUGUAGAAACCAUAAGUACAUAUAUGCACACACACACACACACACACACA